CUCAGCAUUCUCUCAACAAUUCUCAAUCUGCUCAGCAUUCUCAAGAAACAUUCUAUGAUCAAUCAUUAUUCAUCAUCAACAACACAUAGAAGAUACUGACCAAACAGAAUAUCAUAUCAUGAAUAUCUCAAAAGAAUCAAACUCACUCCCUUCAUCAUCUUCAACAUCAUCGUUAUCUUCAACAUCAUCAUCAACUACACCUAUGAACAUCAUCACUUCAACUUCAACCAAUCUCAAUCAUCAUCCUAAUCGAAGCUCUAACUACCAAUCACCUUCUUCUAGACAAAUCACAACAAAAGCACUUCGUCAUCUCAUCAUCAUCAUCUGUCCACUUCUCUUACUCACCAGUCUCUUCAUCAUAGCAAUUCAUCAUGACAUCAUCCCUUCUUUACCUUCAAUCCCACCACUUUCAUCUUCAGAUUUACGAUUACCUGCUACCACUGCACGUCGAUAUUCAUCUCAGUUCUUAUCUUGGCUAGACACCGUACCAAGCUCAAUCAACCUUCUUCUUCCGCUUCCUAACUUUUUACAUUCUUCUUCAAAGUCAGUUGAUCAACAACCACAAUCACCACAUCCGAUCUUAGCACUCUUACUCUCAGCUCGGCUUUCUUGGAAAGCUAUUCUACAAUCUCAACCAACCACUCUUGAAGCUGCAAGAGCUUCUUACAUUCGACGAUAUCAUCCUCUUCAACCUCCACCAGGAUUUGAUGAAUGGUAUCACUUUGCGCGUAAUAGGAACUUUACACUCAUUGAUCGAUUUGAUAGUCUGAUGUCUGAUCUCGAACCAUUUCGUGCGGUUCCUCCUUCUGAACUUCGACGUCGUACACAAGAACUCGCUAAUCUACCUGGUGUAUCCUUGAUUCAAAUCAAUGCAAAGGGUGAAGUUGAAAUUAAAUCUCAAACUGGAAGAUUGACUCCUGGAAAAGCUAUGAAGGACAUGUUAUCAAAAAUCAUCUCAGAGGGUCAUUGGUCUUUUCCUCAACUUGAUUUUGCAAUCAAUGAAAAAUCUCAGGCUAGAGUUCUACCCAAAGUCACAAGACCAGAAAAGCCUUCGUUGACUGAUUUCAAACCCGAAUGGGGAAAUGAAGGCAAUGUGUGGGAUGCCUAUCGCCGAGCAUGUCCUCCGGAUUCUGCGGCGCGUCGUCUGGUCGAGACUGUACGCUCAACUGAGUCUCAGACAGGGGCUGUAGCUGCCGGUGGCGGAUCAGUGGUCACUACACCCAUUCCACCUCGAAGAGAGCUGACCUUUUUGGAAGAUCUGGAAUCCGGCGACUCCUUCUGUGACCGCCCAUCUACUCAUCAUCUUCAUUCGGCCUUCUUCACCGAUCUACGCUCAAUUGAACAUCUCUAUCCACUCUUCUCGGCUGCCAAACCGGCUGGCUUCGCAGACAUCCUCAUUCCAUCUCAUUACCAUUACAAUCCCACAUCUGAGUUUGUUUAUGAAGACUCACCAGGUCAAUCUCAAUCUCCUACUGAUAUUGAAUGGUCUCAAAAAGCUUCGAAACUUUACUGGCACGGAAAGUUAACUCGAGGGGCCAACACCCCACCUGGACACAUGAGUAGUUUUCAAAAACAGCGACUUGUGAAACUUGUUUCCAACGACACUUCGUCUCCGAGCUCCCAGGAAGCACAUCAUAAAGGAGAAGCGGACCCAUCUCAACGAGGAAACCUCAACCGUAUCCUUGUUACUCUCAAUACUAGCUCCUCUGGUCUUGAGUCUGUUUCUAUCCCAGCUACAGUUGUGGAUCCUUUGUUACUUGACAUUGCAAUUGCCUGUGAUCCACACGCGGGAGAGUGCACAAAUCUGAAUUCUCAAGGAUAUCAUACUGAGGACCCAAGACCAUUGAGUGAGAGUUGGCGCUCGAAACUCGCCCUCGAUUUGGAUCAAGUAGGCUUAAGCCCUCGAUUUGGAGCGCUUAUGAACUCUAAAAGUGCCGUGGUGAAGAUGAGCGUACAACAAGAGUUUUGGCGUGAUUGGGUUCAAAGCUGGUUACAUUUCAUACCACUGUCUUCCUCGUUUUCCGAACUUCAUAAUCUACUCACUUUUUUCCUUGGGUUACCCUCCUCAAUCCGAUCUUUGGCCCUGCCAAUCCAUCAAACCCGAGACAGGCAGGCAUCCGGGGACACAAAUCCGGUCGAGGGCUUUGUGGCUGACGAGGAGUUGAGAAAGAUAGGGCAAGCCGGUCAAGAUUGGAAACGAAGACACAUGAGGAAAGAGGACAUGGAAGUUUAUAUGUUCCGACUUAUGAUUGAAUGGGCCAGGAUUGUGUCAAAUGAAGAAAUCCAGAAGAAAACAAAUUCUAAUGAGACCGUCUCAUCAAACCUACCAUGAUUGUUGGCUUCUUCUGAACCAAAAUAACAAGCUCUUGAUAUCAAUUUUCGAAAGCUGGAUAUGAACAUUGUAUUCAAACGGACACCUGUGGUAAAAUCAUCAUUUUGCAUCUUCUUUUUAUUAUCUGUCAUUAUUGAAUUUAUACAACUUUAAACUGAAUUUGAAUGAUCAGUUGGCUGGGUGUACAUUUGGGAUAAGUAAUCAUGUUCGAAAGCCUUUUUUUUUCGGUUGCUUGGUUUCGUUUUUUUUAUUUAUGCAUUUCUUAUAGCGCCUCUAAUUUGUUCUAUAUUGAAGUGGUUCCGGGUUUUUCUCUAUGAUAUUCUUCCUGAAGUGUUCUUUGCUUGUUUUUGAUGAAAUUUUGGCCUUCGACUCAGAGUUCAAUGUUUGAUAUUUGUUUUUCUAUUUUAUCUCCUAUGGAUCUAUGUAUGAUCAGUGUGAUCCCGUCAAUCUUUUGUAUGAAGGGACUUUUUCUAUCUAAAGUUACAUCCUUAUCAUAAUAUUCUCUGGAGUAAGUGGACUUUUUCCAAUGGAUUUGAUGCCUCGGGCAACUACAUUC